UCUUGUGCUGUCAGUCACGUGGCUCGGUGGGCGGGGAAAGUAGUCAGCUGAGUGGCAGCCAUUUUGUGUGUCCGUGUCCGGUGACAGGCGAGUCCAGCGGGGCCCUACCCGGUUUGCAGCCAUGGCGCUCCGUAUGGUGAAAGGCAGCAUUGAUCGCAUGUUCGAUAAGAAUCUGCAAGACCUGGUUAGAGGGAUCCGGAACCACAAAGAGGAUGAGGCAAAAUACAUCUCUCACUGCAUCGAUGAAAUCAAGCAAGAACUUAAACAGGAUAAUAUUGCAGUGAAGGCUAAUGCCGUCUGUAAGCUGACAUAUUUGCAAAUGCUGGGCUAUGACAUCAGUUGGGCUGCAUUUAAUAUCGUUGAGGUGAUGAGUGCAUCAAAGUUUACUUUUAAGAGGAUUGGAUACUUGGCUGCUUCUCAGUGCUUUCAUGAAGGGACUGAUGUCAUUAUGUUAACCACAAACCAAAUCAGGAAGGAUCUCAGUAGCCCUAAUCAGUACGAUACAGGUGUUGCCCUGACUGGCUUAUCAUGCUUUGUAACCCCAGACCUUGCCAGGGAUUUAGCCAAUGAUAUUAUGACACUGAUGUCCCAUACAAAGCCUUACAUCAGGAAAAAGGCAGUUUUGAUUAUGUAUAAAGUUUUUCUGAAAUACCCAGAGUCCUUACGUCCAGCAUUCCCUAGACUCAAAGAAAAACUAGAGGACCCUGAUCCUGGGGUACAGUCAGCUGCAGUGAAUGUUAUAUGUGAAUUAGCCCGCCGAAACCCUAAAAAUUACCUAUCUUUGGCCCCCUUAUUCUUCAAGCUUAUGACAUCAUCUACUAACAACUGGGUUCUAAUUAAAAUCAUCAAAUUGUUUGGUGCACUUACUCCCUUGGAACCACGACUAGGAAAGAAACUUAUUGAACCUCUAACCAACCUAAUACACAGCACAUCUGCAAUGUCCUUGCUCUAUGAAUGUGUGAAUACUGUAAUAGCAGUUUUAAUAUCAUUAUCAUCUGGGAUGCCUAAUCACAGUGCCAGUAUUCAGCUCUGCGUUCAGAAGUUAAGGAUUCUUAUUGAGGACUCUGACCAGAAUUUGAAGUAUUUGGGCUUGCUGGCUAUGUCCAAAAUCUUGAAGACCCAUCCCAAAUCUGUACAGUCUCACAAAGACCUUAUUCUGCAGUGUCUAGAUGACAAAGAUGAGUCAAUAAGGCUGCGAGCCCUGGAUUUGCUCUAUGGAAUGGUAUCUAAAAAGAAUCUGAUGGAGAUUGUGAAGAAAUUGAUGAUCCACGUUGACAAAGCAGAAGGAACUGCUUACAGAGAUGAAUUGCUGACAAAAAUUAUUGAUAUAUGCAGCCAGUCUAAUUACCAGUAUAUUACUAACUUUGAGUGGUAUAUUAGCAUACUGGUAGAGCUCACACGUUUAGAGGGGACACGUCAUGGUCACCUUAUAGCUGCUCAGAUGCUUGAUGUUGCCAUAAGAGUGAAGGCUAUUAGGAACUUUGCUGUAUCCCAGAUGGCCACAUUGCUUGACAAUGCCCACCUUCUGGCCAGCAACACUCAACGUAAUGGAAUAUGUGAAGUCCUUUAUGCAGCUGCCUGGAUCUGUGGAGAGUUCUCUGAACACUUGACAGAACCUCACCAGACACUGGAGGCUAUGCUGAGGCCGAAGGUCACUACUCUGCCAGGUCAUAUUCAGGCAGUUUAUGUACAGAAUGUGGUGAAGUUAUAUGCUGGUAUCCUACAGUGCAAAGAGCAGGAUGGAGAUCAUCAAGCAGCUCAGGAGAUAACACAACUUAUGGUUGAGAGGCUUCCCCAGUUUGUGCAGAGUGCUGACUUGGAAGUUCAAGAAAGGGCUUCUUGUAUUCUGCAUCUCAUGAAAUACAUUCUAAAGCUACAGUCAAAGGAGGUUCCAGUAGCUGAGGAGGUGAUGGCUUUGUUUGCUGGAGAACUGAAUCCUGUUGCUCCUAAAGCCCAGAAGAAAGUCCCCAUCCCUGAAGGUUUAGACUUGGAUGGUUGGAUCAAUGAGCCACCGUCAGAUAGUGAAUCAGAGGAUGAAAAGCCCAAAGCAAUCUUUCAUGAUGAGAAACAGACACAUGGGAAGUCUUCACGACCAGAGAUAGAUGAAGAGGAGUUAGCAAAGAGGCGUGCUGCACGGAAAGUAGAACAAGCAAAUAACCCAUUUUACAUUAAAAGUUCACCUUCACCACAGAAGAUGUAUCAGGACUCUCCAGGUGUUGACCACAUUCCCGUGGUGCAGAUUGACCUGUCUAUUCCCCUUAAAGUACCAGGACUUCCCAUGUCGGAUCAGUACGUAAAACUUGAGGAGGAACGAAGGACCAAACAACGUCAGGAAAAAGACAAGAAACGGAAGAAAGUUAAAGAUAAGAAAGGUGGCAAGUCACAGAGACAUCAAUCUAUUCACACAGAAAGUGAUGAAGACAUUGCUCCAGCACACCAGGUUGACAUAAUGACUGAGGAGAUGCCAGAGAAUGCCCUUCCGAGUGAUGAUGAUGACAAGGAUCCAAAUGACCCCUACAGAGCGCUAGACAUAGAUCUGGAUAAGCCUUUGGCAGACACAGAACAGCUUCCAGUCCAGAAACACAGAAACACUGAAAAUCUAAAAUCUCCAGAAAAUGAAGUGUCUGUUUUAGAUUCAAAGGUCAAAAAGCCCAGUAAAAAGGAUAAAAAACUACCAGAGUCCGAGAAAGUAAAGAAAAAAGAAAAGAAGAAAAGUAAAGAGAAAGAAGAGAAGACAAAACGCAAGAAAUCAGUAACUAUCGCUUCUAGAGCGGAAGAGGCAGCAGUAAAACCUGAAGAAGAUAAAGCAGAUGACAAAGCAGCAUCGGAUGAUAUGGAUUUCUGGCUAACUAGCUCCUUGGCCCCAGCGCAGGCACAGGCACCUUCCACCGAGACUGUGCCUGAAGCAACAGAGGAACCAGUGGAAGCAGAUACAGUCCAAAUAGAAAGAAAUGAAGAAGACACAGAUAAGAAAUCUCAUCGGCACAAGAAAAAACAUAGGAAGGAGAAGGAGGAUGCAAAGGAAGAAAAGAAGUCACGCAAAAAGAAACACCACCACCACCAUCACCAUCAUCAUCACAAUGAAUCCCAUUCCAGUGACCACACCGAAUCUGUGCAUAAUGGCACCUUAGAUGAAGAAGAACAGUUACCACCAAUGUCCAGUUACUCUCUUUUGGCUGAAAGCAAAUAUAUCAAAAUGAUGUAUGACAUUCAAGGAGAUCUACAGAAGGAGGGUCAGGUCACAGUCUCCAUUAUCCUUGAAAACCAGAGUCAAAGUUUCCUGAAGAACAUGGAGAUCAAUGUCCUGGAUUCCUUAAAUACCAAAAUGCAGAGGCCAGAAGGAGCAUCUGCACAUGAUGGCAUACCAGUACCCUUCCAGUUACCUCCAGGUGUGUCUAAUGAAGCUCAGUUUGUUUUCACUGUCCAAAGUAUUAUAAUGCCUCAGAAGCUCAAAGGAACAUUGUCAUUUAUUGUUAAGGAUGAUGAUGGCUCAUCUCAUGAGAAACUCGACUUCAAAAUCCAUUUCAGUUGUUCCUCUUAUUUAAUUAUAACCCCUUGUUACAGUGAUGCUUUUGCCAAGCUUCUGGAGUCAGAAGACCUUAAAAUGAGUUCCUUGAAAGUGGAAGAUAUAACUCUGUCCUUCCACCAUCUGUUAGCAAAAAUCUGUUUCUACCACCACUUCACAGUGGUUGAGCGAGUUGAUUCCUGCUCAUCAAUGUACAGCCGGUCAAUCCAGGGCCACCACGUUUGUCUGCUAGUCAAAAAGGGCGAGAAGUCAAUAUCCAUUGAUGGGAAGUGCAGUGAAGCAACUCUUCUAAGCAGCCUCCUUAGUGAGAUCAAAUCGACACUGGCAGAAUCCUGAGCAAGCAGGGUCCCACUCUUCUCCUUUUAAACCUCACCUCCUUUUUUCCUGUUACCAUAAGAUGCACUUGGACAGAACUG